GGCUCUGUUUAUCGACGGCAGACUAUGCACUAAUUAGUCGCCGAACCACGGAGAAGCUCAAAAUGGACAUUGUGAAAACAGGCAGCAGUCAGACGGCCUUUAAAACGUUCUGUCGACGCGUGGAGGCGUGCGUGUCACAAUCAGGUGGAAUGAGCAAGUGGCUUAGGGCAUUCGGUCGCUUAAAAACGGAUUUUGAGCGUGUCUGUCAUCUACUGAGGGCCCUUGAGAAGACGACCCGCGGGGAUUGUAGUUUUGCCGCAUUGGGGCUCCCGAACAAGGAAACGAUUUCAAAAUCAAACGCCAAGUCAGACAACGAAUCAAUCCGAAUUCGAGAAUUAGGCAACGAAUGCUGGAAACUGCGCCAGUGUCAGGCCUCACUUGCGUACUUCACCGCUGCACUGUUCUACGCGUCGUCAGAUCUUCAAAAGGCCCUCGCGCUGGGCAACAGAUCCUGCGUGCUUCAUCACCUUCAGUGCUUCCAGGAAGCUGCCCACGACGCAGUCUUAGCUCUUGAGCUCGGGUUCCCAAAGGACAAGGCUCAUCGCCUACACAUCCGUGUCGGACAGUGUCUGCUGCGUUUAAAUCAUGUCGAAGACGCACGCCAACACUUUGAAAGAGCUCUUGACCAACUGACUUCAAGCGGUCCUUCGACGUCCAAGUUGCUGUCGCUUGCAAGGUCUGGACUGGUGGAAUGUCAAGAAGGCUCCACGACAAGUGCCCCACCGCCCGCCUGGCAGUGUGUACGGGCUCCACAGCCAGUCCUAACAGCCGACGAAGACGAGAAUGGAACACCAGAGAUGUGUCAUCUUGUCGCUGCUGCCAGCAACACUGUCCGCCUGAGGAAUGCCGGAUCAGAACGCGGUUGGACACUGGAAUUGACCCGAGAUGUCUCAGUUGGGGACGUUCUGCUGGUGGACAGACCGUACGCGUCCAGACUAAAUAAGGAGUGCUUUUUCACCCACUGCUACCACUGUUACACGCGGUGCCAAAAUCUGCGACCUUGCACCGGCUGUUCCCAGGUGGGAUUUUGCAGCGAGUCCUGUGCAGAGAAGGCCUGCUCGUCUCCAUCGUCACCUGCUCAUGGACUCGGACGACACUGCUAUGAAUGCGACAGCCUGCUUCCGUGUCUGCUGCUAGACAACUACGCCGGCUGGCCAAAGUCCUCGAGUGAAUCGAUUGGCGGCACAGACGUCGCUCAUCUGGCCUUCGCCUGCGUCGCUGACACCGACUCAAACAGCCUGCUGGACUUUGUCUGCAGAACCGGAAGGUACCAGGCCUUCGUUGGCGCUGUCGCUCGCGCGACUCCUCCUGCGGUGUUCGAUCCGGGUGAUUAUGCGUCAGCAGCUUGGCUCGUGGCAAACACCGAGCACAGAAGUCCAGCCGACCUCUGGCAGCGCACGGUGGCUGCCGUCUUCUUGACCUACUGCCUUUCGAUUGGCGGAUAUCCCCUGACGUGGUUUGAGGAUUGUGGUCUUGUCUGCGACGCACCUUCACCACAGAAUCGCCGUCCAGAUCGUCUGCCUGCGAGUUGGGCAGCCGCCUGUCUGCUCUACCACCUCCAGUCAGUUCCGAGCAACGCUCACUCCUACGCCGAAACCCUCUUCCCCAGUCACGAUGAUCUGCGAUGCGCUGAGGUGCGGGCGCUCGCUUCCUGCCUGUACCCGAGUCUGUCCCUAGUCAACCACUCCUGUGACCCCGUGGUGGUGCGCAACUGCGCCGCCAACGCAACCUGUUCUCUGACGGCUCUUCGUCCGCUCGCAGCGGGAUCCGAACUGCUCGACUGCUACUGCGCGCACUACGCUCUUCAGUGUCGAGCUGAGAGGCAGGCAGCUAUCGCCUCGCAGUACUGCUUCGUGUGUGCGUGCGACGCCUGCACCCACAACUGGCCGGGUCUCUCUGCGGAACCCCUACCCGGCACGAGGAUCUUCCUCAAGUGUCCGAGAUGUUCGAAACGCUUCUCACUGGCUGAAGCCAAGUGCACAAAUUGUGGUGACAACGCGGGCAGGAAGCGCUACACCGAGCUGGUGGAGGUUGAACUGCCAAGAAGGCUCGAGAUGUCACUGUCUGGCCACGUGACGGGCAAUAGUCUCGCGUGGUCGAGGACGUUGUUAGAGGAGCUAGCGGAAUUGUUGUCACGACCGGCGCCAGCUUGGGACAUGGGACAGGAGCUGUACAAGAUACUGCUGACGCUUGCAGACGGCAAUUGGUGCAUGGAACCAACCACGCCUUAG